AUGGCGGGUUCGGACUUCCAGUUGGUCUUAGUUUCUAAAGAGAAGAUUCACUCUGUGAAGCAGGAGUGGAGCCCCAGUCUGGUCCAGGAGGAUCCAGAUCUCCCACAUAUUAAAGUGGAACAGGAGAAACUCUUGAUCAGCCAAGAGGGAGAGCAGCUUCAAAAACAGGAGGAGACUGAUAUCAAGUUUCCAUUCACUCCUGUCCCUGUAAAGAGUGGACAUGAUGAAGAGAAACCUCAUUCCUUACAGCGUCAUCAAAGCCAAACUGAGGAGGACAAACAGGCAAAGCCAUCAGACAAUACUUCAACUCAACAGGUGAAAACAGAACUUGAUGGAGAGGACUUUGGAUUGUCAGAACCAGCCAGUAACCUAGAUCAGGAUGGUGAUUUAGAACCAGCUAGUAAUGACUUCCAGUUGGUCUUAGUUUCUAAAGAGAAGAUUCACUCUGUGAAGCAGGAGUGGAGCCCCAGUCUGGUCCAGGAGGAUCCAGAUCUCCCACAUAUUAAAGUGGAACAGGAGAAACUCUUGAUCAGCCAAGAGGGAGAGCAGCUUCAAAAACAGGAGGAGACUGAUAUCAAGUUUCCAUUCACUCCUGUCCCUGUAAAGAGUGGACAUGAUGAAGAGAAACCUCAUUCCUUACAGCGUCAUCAAAGCCAAACUGAGGAGGACAAACAGGCAAAGCCAUCAGACAAUACUUCAACUCAACAGGUGAAAACAGAACUUGAUGGAGAGGACUUUGGAUUGUCAGAACCAGCCAGUAACCUAGAUCAGGAUGGUGAUUUAGAACCAGCUAGUAAUGACAUCCAACAGCUCAUAGUUUCUAAAGAGGAGGUUCACUCUGUGAAGCAGGAGUGGCACCCCAGUCUGGUCCAGGAGGAGCCAGAUCUCCCACACAUUAAAGUGGAACAGGAGAAACUCUUGACCAGCCAAGAGGGAGAACACCUUCAAAAACAGGAGGAGACUGAUAUCAAGUUUCCAUUCACUCCUGUCCCUGUAAAGAGUGGACAUGAUGAAGAGAAACCUCAUUCCUUACAGCGUCAUCAAAGCCAAACUGAGGAGGACAAACAGGCAAAGCCAUCAGACAGCACUUCAACUCAACAGAUGAAAACGGAACUUGAUGGAGAGGACUUUGGACUGUCAGAACCAGCCUGUAACCUAGAUCAGGAUGGUGAUUUAGAACCAACUCGUGAUGGUGAGUCCAUCCCUUCAGACUAUUGUGAAAGUGAGACUGAGGACAGUGAUGAUGACCUGAACAAAACUAGAGAACCUCAGUCCAGUUUGCAUACAAAAGAUGACAAUGAUAUAAGUCAUCAGAGAUCUAUUAAGAAACAAUGUUUCGCUUGCUCAGUCUGCGGCAAAGCGUUUACUCAAAGAAGAGAUAUGCUGAGACACAUGAGACUACAUACAGGAGACAAGCCAUUCACUUGCACAGUUUGUGGUAAAGGGCUUUCUCAUAAUGGAAAUAUGCAGAAUCACAUGAGAACACAUACAGGAGAGAAGCCGUUUAAUUGCACACUCUGUGGUAAUAAGUUUACUAGACGCGAACAUUUGAAGAGACACAUGAGAAUACAUACAGGAGAGAAGCCGUUUACUUGCUCAGUUUGUGAUAAAGGAUUUCUUCAAAAGGUAAAUCUGCAGUUACACAUGAGAACCCAUACAGGAGAGAAACCAUUCAGUUGCACAGUCUGUGGUAAAGGGUUUAGUAGAAUGGAACAGUUGAGGACACAUAGGAAAACACAUACAGGAGAGAAGCCCUUUAGUUGCUCAGUAUGUGGUAAAACGUUUUCUCUAAAAAGAACUAUGCAGACACACAUGAGAACACAUACAGGAGAGAGACCCUUUAGUUGCUCAGUUUGUGGUAAAAUGUUUUCUCAAAGAGGAGAAAUGCAAAGACACAUGACAACUCAUACAGGAGAGAAGUCCUUUAGUUGCUCAGUAUGUGGUAAAUGGUUUUCUCAAAAUAGAAAUAUGCAGACACACAUGAGAACGCAUACAGGAGAGAAACCUUUUAAAUGCUCAGUGUGUGGUGAAGAGUUUUCUGAACGAAGAAAAGUGAAGAGACACCUAACAACACAUACAGGAGAGAAGCCAUUCACUUGCUCAGUUUGUGGUAAAGGGUUUGCUUUAAAUGGCAAUAUGAAGGCACACAUGAGAACACACACAGGAGAGAAGCCAUUCAGUUGCUCAGUGUGUGGUAAAGAGUUUUCUGAACGAGGAAAAGUGAAGAGACACCUAAGAACACAUACAGGAGAGAAACCUUUCUCUUGCUCGGUUUAUGGUAAAUGGUUUUCUCAAAAUGGAAAUAUGCAGACACACAUGAGAAGACAUACAGGUAAGAAACCGUAUAGUUGCACAGUCUGCGGUGAAGGGUUUUGUGGAAGCGAUCAAUUGAAGACACGUUACAGAACGAGUGAGGAGGUGGCUCUCAACUAG